AUGCGAGCCAGCCCCAUCCGCAUCCCGACUGUCAGCAAUGACACCGACUGGGACUUUUGCUUCCAUCUGUCACAGCAAACCAAGAUCCCAGAGCAUCAGCAAACAGAUGAGUUGUAUCCCACUAGUGGGUCUGGAGAGAGCAAACAAGAUGCUAAAGCCAAGCAGGAGAAGGCCAUAGACCGUAUGUCUCUUCCCAAAGAGAAACUGGCCCAAUCCCAGAAGAAAGUAGCUCAGCUGAUUAAGGGAAAAAUGAUAAUAAAACCAAAAACUCACUGGAAUACCCAAGCAAAUAAGGAGCUGAUUCGCUGUGUCAUCCUUUCUCGGAUUAUUUUUGGGGAAGAACCCUGGAAAUGUGCACAGGCUUUGGCCACCCUGGCUUAUGGCUACCUGACACUGAGAGAACUUCAGAGAACUUACAACCUCGUGUGGAAGGUGAGCUACCCACCGACAACUACGAUAGAAGGCACCGGAAGGCCAUGCGACUGGUUUAAAUACAGGGCUUUGGGGGCGCUGGGUGAAAUCAUUUCUGGCAAGGCCUCCCAGCUCAGGCCAAAACAUGCUGAGUCUGCCAAGAACACACUGCUGACCUGGAAGGGAAACACGACCUCAGACAAGGAGAAAAAGGAAAUCCUGGAAACUCUGGUCAUGCUCUACUACACUCUGGGGGUGGCCUGGCUCCUACAGAGCUGUGGCAGAGAGGCUUAUUUCAACCUGCAGAAGUCAGAGAGAAACAUGGAGGAGCUGAAAAAAUCAUAUAAGGGAGGUACUUCUGGAUUACAGGUCUCAGAGAAAGACCUCUAACAAUUGCUUUGGACAGCCUCCUUGGCCAACCGCAGGUUAAACCUAGCUCUGGCAUACUUUGAAAAGGCAGUUGACAAUGUUAUUGCUGCUAAGGGUGAUAGGACAUCAAAUCUGGUUGGUCUUUAUGAGGAAAUUGCUCAGAUCAAGCAGCUGAGGAGGAACCAUGAGCAGGCCAUCCAGUACUUGCAGCAGGUAGAUGCUGUUGAGAUAUAUUUUAUAAAAAGCAUCGCUGUGUAUCAGACAACAUUGGGCCCAGAGGAUUAUGAAACACUGACGACCAUUGAAGAAUUUUGCAAAUGGCUUGUUCAAAAUGGGGAAAAACAGGCAUGUGAGAAACAGGUGUGGAUCUGA